AUACGUGCAAGCGUCUUAUUUCGAAGGCGUAGAAUUCCACGUCCGGUGCGGUCACCUGACGUCACCGUCGUCACAACCUCGGCAAAGCAGUGCCCCCCGCAGCAACCUCCCCCAUGGUCACCAACCCGCCUGCCGACGAGGAACUUUCUUCCAGAACUCUUCUCCCGGUUUUCCUUCUCCAUUUUUUGCGCCGCGAGUUGACGUCAGAUCGAAGCGGGCAAGCGUGUUUGUGAGCGCACCAGGCAGGGGGGGUUGGGGGGGGUCAAAAGUGCACUUUCUCUUUUUCCCCCCCACAUUCGCAGGACGUGACCGUGCGCGAGGGCACGUCAGUUACGUGCGCGCUAGUGGCGGACAAACAAAACAUGCUCGGGCUGGCGCUGAGGUUCGCGCUGGUCGCUGUGCUAACCUGCUGCGCGAUCGGCGGCGUGACGUUCAGCCGGCACCCGAGCAACCAGACGGCCUCUCAGGGGAACGCCGUCCGUCUGGGCUGCGCCGUGGAGGGCGCGGAGGAGCCCGACGUGGUUUGGAUGAAGGACGGCGCUCGGCUCCUCAGCAGCGACCAGAUGUUCAUCGCCCUCGGGGAGAAACACUGGGAAACCUACCACAGCGUGAAGUCGGUCCAGCAACAGGAUGCGGGCCAGUACUGGUGCGAGGUCGACUUCCACGGACAGACAUUCUCAUCCGAACGGGCCUGGAUCACGGUCGAAGGCGUCCCCCACUUUAUUCAGGAGCCUCAGGACGUGUCCACGCUUCCCGGCGAGCCCUUCAACCUGACCUGCGGUGCCGUCGGACCGCCUGAGCCCGUGGAGGUUCUGUGGUGGGUGGGAGGCGUCCGGGAGGGAGGCGCCACUCCCUCCCCCUCCGUCCUUUGGGUCCACGGUGUCAACGAGACGGUGAAGGUCUACUGCGAGGCCCGUAACGCCCGCGGGAUCUCCGUGUCCAGAACGGGAACGGUCUUCAUCAAAGCGUUGCCGGCGGCUCCGACCGGACUGAAGGUUGGCGGGAUGCCGGACGGCGAUGCCGCGUUGUCGUGGCAGCCGGGAUUCACGGGUCACUCCGACUUGUCCGCCUGCGUUGUCCAGGUAAUGCCGCGCGCGCGCGGGAUUUCUGCGAGGGCGACAAGAUGUGUUAACACGUCUCACACACAUUGCCAUCAUUUCGUCUCAUGGGUCUGGCGGCAGCUGAGCCUCGCCUGGGCGGAGCUUCGGGAGGAGGAGCUUCAGGGGGAGCUGCUGGCCUACAAGGUGCAAUGGAUUCUGGGAGGGGAGCGACAGGAGCCUCUGCUGUUCAAGGUGCCGCGGGCCCGCCUUUCGGGCGGCAGUCGCUUCUUCAACUCUUCUGUGCAGGUCUCGGCCUGCACGGCGGUGGGAUGCGGACCCUGGAGCACCCCCGUUGUGGUCCUGCCCACUGCGGGCGCCUUGGCGGUACCUGCAGGCGCCCCCACAGAACGCACCCACAUUUGGGUGGGCGUCCUCUUCGCCCUUCUGGCGCUGACCGUGUUGGCGCUGCUUUUUUCCACCUUUGCUCGGAGACGCGGGAAGGAAACGCACUUUGGUUGGGUUUUCUCACCCGACGGCGCCGACACUGCGGUCUCCUUCUCGGCCGCUCGCUCCUUCAACCGAAGCGCCGGGGACCAGCUCGUUUCGACACUGGACAGUCUGGGUAUCAGCGAGGAGCUCAACAACAAACUGAAGGACGUUCUCAUCCCAGAGAGGCUGCUGGUACUCGGACACAUGCUGGGCAAAGGCGAGUUCGGGUCGGUGCGCGAGGCCUUCCUGAAGACGGACGGCUGCCCGGCCCGGAAGGUGGCGGUCAAGGUUCUGAAAUCUGACAUCACCUCGUCGGAUGACAUUGAGCAGUGUCUGAAGGAGGCGGCCCGCAUGAAGGACUUCCGCCACCCCAACGUCAUCCAGCUUAUCGGAGUGAGCCUGCACCGGCGUCACGCCCAGCGUUUGCCCGUCCCCAUGGUGGUCUUGCCCUUCAUGAAGCACGGAGACCUGCACACGUUCCUGCUCCUGUCCAGACUGGGAGAGCAGCCCUUCGACUUGUCCACGCGCGUGCUGGUCCAGUUCAUGUUGGACGUGGCGCGGGGGAUGGAAUACCUGAGCGGUCGCAAUAUCAUCCACAGAGACCUGGCGGCCCGCAACUGCAUGCUGGAUGAGAACAUGGCGGUGUGCGUGGCAGACUUCGGUCUCUCCAAGAAAAUCUACUCGGGAGAUUAUUACCGGCAAGGAUCCGUCUCCAAGCUUCCCGUCAAGUGGAUCGCUUUGGAAAGCCUGGCCGAUAACGUCUACACCACGCAGAGCGACGUGUGGGCUUUUGGCGUCACCAUGUGGGAAGUGAUGACCCGGGGCCAGACGCCGUAUCCCGGCGUGGAGAACUCCGAGAUCUACGAGUACCUGAUCCGAGGAGAACGUCUGAAGAAACCCGCCGAGUGCAGACAAGACAUCUACGACGUGAUGCACAGCUGCUGGAGUCCGGUGCCCAAAUGUCGGCCCGCUUUCCAGCACCUGGCGGUCCUGCUGGAGGAGCUGCGGCUUAGCUUUUCGCCCGCCGCCCCGCGCAAGGAGUCCUUGCACUACGUCAACCUGGAGGGGGAAGGCCCGGAGGACAGGGGGGCAAGCGGGGCACCCGGCCCACAAAAGGGCGACGGCUUAAGCGUCCCCUGGAGGCGGGGCUCCGAGGACGAGGAGCAGGACUGGCUGAUGGUGGCGUCCGGCGCCGCGCUGGCUAUCGGAGGCGGCGGAGACUACAGGUACAUCGCGGACCCCUGCGGAGACGCCCGAGUGGGCCAGGAGCCGGGUGCGGACGGACUGGAAGAGGAGGACGACGCAGUUGUUCACGUGUGAACGGACUGGAUAGCACUUGAGACACUUUGCACACUUGCCUUGGCACUUUUUAACUGGCUUGUUCAUGUCAAUGUUUUACUGUGACUAAUUAAAAAUUCUUAUUUCUAACAGC